CUUCUUCUCCAUUCACCAUUCAAUUCCCAAACCAAUUCUCUCCUUCUCUCACUUGGCUUGCUAUGUUGAGAGGGUUUUAAACCCUAGAAAUCACAUUCUCUCCAAUCACGGCUAUAUCACAAGCAAACCCGCCUCUCAUACAUGUCCGUGCACUUCGCCGCAAGGGUUGUUUGACCGAGACUAACCCUUCGCCGAACGGCGGACGAGGCGCUUCCCCCGCCGAAGGCGGCAAUCCCUCCGACCUCCUCUUUCUCGCCGGCGGCGGUUGCUAGCUUUCCUCCCUCUUUUUCUUUCUGUAAAUUCUAUUUUCAAAGAAAAAAAAACGUAAUCUUUCAAGAUGAUGCUGAGAAUCAAGAGGGUUCCUACUGUCGUCUCUAACUACCAGAAGGAGGAUUCUGAUGAGGGCUGCGGCCGCAAUUGCCUCAGAAGCUGUUGCCUACCAGGGGCAAAAUUACCUCUCUAUGCUUUUAAGAAGGAGAGUAGCAAUGUUGUGGAAAAGAAUUCUGUUGCCAUUGAUGAGAAGAAAGAGCUUCAACCAGAUUUCCUGGAUUCUCUUCUUAUUGGAGAGUGGGAGGAUCGGAUGCAGAGAGGCCUCUUCCGCUAUGAUGUCACUGCCUGUGAAACAAAGGUGAUUCCGGGGAAGUAUGGAUUUGUAGCCCAGCUGAAUGAGGGCCGGCAUCUCAAGAAAAGGCCGACUGAGUUUCGUGUGGACAAGGUCCUCCAGCCCUUCGACGAGAGCAAGUUCAACUUUACCAAAGUUGGGCAAGAGGAGGUGCUGUUUCAGUUUGAGGCCAGUGAGGACAACGAAGUUCACUUCUCUCCAAACGCACCCAUUGAUGCUGAUAACUCCCCCAGCGUGGUUGCCAUCAACGUGAGUCCAAUUGAAUAUGGGCACGUGCUGCUCAUCCCUCGGAUUCUCGAAUGUUUGCCUCAGAGGAUUGACCGCCAGAGCUUCAUGCUUGCGCUCUACAUGGCUGUUGAAGUCGGAAACCCCUUCUUCCGCUUGGGUUACAAUAGCUUGGGUGCAUUUGCAACCAUUAACCACCUCCACUUUCAGGCCUAUUACUUGGAGAUGCCUUUCCCAAUCGAAAAGGCGUCUUCUAAGAAGAUAACCACGACAAAUGGUGGCGUAGAAAUCUCCAAUAUCCUCAACUAUCCGGUCAGAGGGUUUGUUUUCGAGGGUGGCAAAACUAUGGAAGAGUUAUCCAAUGUUGUCUCGGACGCGUGCAUCUGCCUGCAAGAGAACAACAUUCCCCACAACGUGCUCAUUGCUGAUUGCGGGAAACGAAUCUUUCUGUUCCCACAGUGUUAUGCAGAGAAACAAGCUCUAGGGGAAGUGAGCUCUGAGCUUCUCGACACUCAAGUUAAUCCGGCCGUUUGGGAGAUAAGCGGGCACAUGGUAUUGAAACGAAAGCUGGACUAUGAGGAGGCGUCGGAGGAGAAUGCCUGGCGGUUGCUGGCAGAGGUUUCCCUCUCGGAAGAGAGGCUGGAAGAGGUGAAGGAGCUUAUAUUUGAAGCCAUCUGCCUAGAAGUGAAGGACGAAGUUGUCGCCCCCAUCACGCCUGAUGAGUCGGGUUCUGGCCCCAAGUCUCGUGAAGACGUCGAUGCCCUUAAGGCCUUGCAGCCUGCUAUGGUGCAGCCUGUGUAGAAAAAUUGCUUAUGUUUAUGCGAACUGGAUAUCUGUGGCAGUAUGCAGCACACUGUUUUUCCAUUGUACUGUAUUUGACAUUAAAUCAUGGCAAACUCUGUUUUGCUGUAUUAAAAUGUUGAUGUAUUUUAUACUUGUUAUGGUAAUUACUUGCAAGUUCUUAUUGUCA